GAAUUUUGGACACGAGUGGAUCGGUUAUCAAGGCUAAAGAGGAUAAGGAGUAUAACUUGGGUUGGCUGGCAGAUGUGAACACAUCAUUACCAGCGCUGAAAGGAGACCUGCUAGUACCUGGUGCAAAAGAUCGAACGAGCCAACCGAAAGAGCAUCAUGGGGAGAUUCCCACGGCGUUGUGUGCGGGAAGAUUCGCGGAGGAGUUAAGUCGACAGGAAUGGAAAGAGGCUCUUGAGAGGGUUACAGCUGCCUACGAGAAUGCAAUCGAACGCAGAGGAGUUCGGGUUAAUUAUCCGAAGUGUGAUGAUGAUAGAAAGGCAUUCACCUUUGAUGUGAAUCAAGAUUUCAUCAAGUAUAGUGAGGAGCAUGGGGGGGAGGAGGAGGAUGAUUGGAGGCGUAGAUUGGAAGGAAGCAGUCGGAAACUUCCGAGAAGGGAUUUCCACAGUGGCAUUGAUCCCUCUAUGAUGACUAUAUUGGCGGACAGGAUUGCUAAUGAGUU